GAUAUCAAAUCAAGACACCAUCAUCAUCACCUCCGCACACACCAAAGCAUAUAUACACAGACAUAUAUAUACAUACAUAUACAUAUAUCUCUUCUUGAAACCAAUGGGUUCUUCGAACAGACACUGGCCAAGCAUGUUCAAAUCCAAACCUCAUCACCAGUGGCAACACGACAUCAACUCCCCUAUCCUUCCUUCAAGAUCGUCUCCUUUCUCUUCAGGGUGUGAAGAGCGGAGCCCGGAUCCUAAGCCGAGAUGGAAUCCCAAACCAGAACAGAUUCGGAUCCUCGAAGCGAUCUUCAACUCGGGAAUGGUGAAUCCACCGAGAGAUGAGAUCAGAAGGAUUAGGGCUCAGCUCCAAGAGUACGGACAAGUGGGCGACGCAAACGUCUUCUACUGGUUUCAGAACCGCAAGUCCCGAAGCAAACACAAACUCCGUCUCCUCCAUAACUCCAAACGCUCCCCCUCCCAACCGCAAACGCAAACGCUGAAUUCUUCUGCUUCCCCUUCUUCCUCUUCCUCCUCUUCAUCCCCCAAAUCCACCAAACUCUAUAAUACCAAGAAUUACACCAAUUCCGACACUUUCAACAGCAACAACACCGAUAUCGCUCUUGGUGUCAAUUCUUCGUCGAUUAUACCAAAAGGCGGUCCGGUUGCAGUGGAAAAAAACCCGGUUCUUGGUAUGUUUCCGGCCGAACCGGCCUUUCUUUUCCCGGUUUCUCCCAUGACAACGGCCGGAGCGUUCGAGGGUUUCACAGGAGGGUCACACUUAGGGUUUGUCUCUGGCCAAAUGAUGAGUAAUGUUGUGACUCAGGAGCAGAAACCGGGUGCAGCCACGACAGUCGGGCCUUGUACAGGGCUUUUGCUGAGUGAGAUAAUGAAUAGUGUGAGUUACAAUGGGACUAACCUAAGUGUCAAAGAACAUGAAGAGAUGAGGAUGAAGAUGUUACAGCAACCACAGAAUCUUUGUUACGCAACGAGUUCGAACACAGCUCCGACUAGUUCUUACAACAACUCGGUCGUUCCUUCUCUUUCUUCGGCUUCUGUCACCGUUUCAUCGGUUUCUGAUCAUCGUGAUCAGCUUCAAGUUCAAGCAGGGGAGAAAAUAAGGGUGUAUGUCAAUGAGAUGGAGGUGGAGGUGAUAUAUGGACCAUUCAACGUGCGAGAGGCAUUUGGGUCGGAAGAGGCCGUGCUGAUCGACUCGGCCGGGCAACCCGUUCUUACCGACGAAUAUGGCGUCUUGCUUCGGCCUCUCCAACACGGUGCCUCCUACUAUCUGAUUUAGAGGCGGUGAUGAGACUAUACCAAGAUUCCGUUUGAACCAAAAGACAUCUCUCUCUCUCUCUCUGGUUAUCCAUAGCAUAGAAUUAGGGUUCAGUUACUUCUCAUGGCGUUAUGAUGUAUGACUUCCGUACAACAUCAAACUCGUAGGUUCAACCGGUGAA